GGGCCCAUUCAUGUCUCCUCAUGAGACCUAAGCUUCCCCCCCACUGCACAAUCACACUAUUCUUCUUUCAUCUCUUUUCUUUCCUUCUUUCUCCAUCACCCACCCGUUUUCUUAAUUUCAAUUCUUGUCAAAAUAGUCUUCAUCAUUUUCUCUGCAAAAGAAAUUAAUCAUGUCAGGUGAUCAAAGGCCUAAAGAUUCUGCUGAAGGCUCUUCGCGAUCUGGAGGCGAUCACCACCAGCUUCAAUCAGCUCCUUUGAGCCGGUAUGAGUCGCAGAAACGGCGAGACUGGAACACUUUCGGACAGUACUUGAAGAAUCAGAGACCCCCAGUUUCAUUAUCUCAGUGUAAUUGCAAUCAUGUGCUUGAUUUCCUUCGGUAUCUUGAUCAGUUUGGCAAGACUAAGGUUCAUCUACAUGGGUGCGUCUUCUUUGGACAACCUGAUCCUCCUGCUCCUUGUACAUGCCCUCUAAGGCAAGCUUGGGGGAGCCUUGAUGCCCUAAUCGGACGCCUUCGAGCAGCUUUUGAGGAGCAUGGAGGAUCAGCGGAGACUAACCCCUUUGGAAAUGGAGCUAUUCGGGUUUAUUUGCGUGAAGUGAAAGAGUGUCAAGCUAAGGCAAGAGGGAUUCCUUACAAGAAGAAGAAGAAGAAGAAGACUCAAAUAAGGCCAAGAGACGAAGCAAAGCCUUCGAUGCAGACAGCUUAAGUCCUUUGGCUUCUUCCGAUAAAUGGAUCACAAAAUAGGACAAAUGGAGAUGAAGUUCCAGAAAGGCAAAUGUUGGGGGUCUAGCCUCUGCUUCAGUACUUAUUAUAUAGCUAGCUAGCUUCUCUCUUUGCAGAUAGUGUUACAUCACAGCCUACUUCUAAAUAAUCUUGUCCUGGCAGGUGGGUCUAAGAAGCUAUUCCUAGCUUAUAGGAAUUAAAACUGUAGUCGUACUGUUCUACUACAUCCUCGACUUCUUAAUUAGUAAGACAUUAACAAUAUAUGUCCAGCUCUGUUGUUUCUUUGCUGCAGAAGAAAACUAGUGUCUUAAUUCAGCUAAUGGUGAAAAUGGCUCUUAGCUUCUGCCAAAAUGUAGCUUUGGGCUUGCCUCUCAUUAGAUGAUCUGUACUUACUAGUAAUCCUUCAAUUGUCCAAAGUACCAAGUUUUUCUUCA